AUGGAAACACUCAAGGAAACCCUCUACAACCUCCCCAAGCCACCGGCUCGCACCCGCACCAAGCCCAUGCAGGUGAUCUGCGUGGGCCUCCCGCGCUCCGCCACGGAGAGCCUCGCCGUUGCGCUGCGGAAGCUUGGUCUGACCCCCUACCACGGGUGGGACAUCUCCUUUGAAGAGAACGCGGGGUACAUUGAAGGGUGGGCGAAACUGGCGCGGGCGAAGUGGAACGGGAAGCCGGAUGGAGAGUUCCGUGUGUCGCGCGGUGAGUUCGACGCGCUGCUCGGGCACUGCGAUGCGGUGGUUGACACGGCUGCGUCGUUCUUCCCGGCGGAGUUGAUGGAGGCGUAUCCCGAGGCCAAGGUGAUCCUGAACACGAGGAAGGAUAUGAAUGCGUGGCACCGCAGCGCGAUCAAGACUCUGGUGGAGGAGGUUCCUGACCGCUGGUUUCUGUGGGUGAUGCGGCUGUUCUGCGCCGAUUUGUUCUGGUUGUGGGAGUUGUAUGUCACGCAUGGCUAUCCGGGAUUGUUUCGCGGGGGAUCGGUGCGCACGGGGAUCGUGAAGAACGGGAAGUGGGUUUAUCGUGAGUAUUGUGCUAUGAUCCGGGGAUUGGUGCCUCCUGAGCGAUUGCUGGAAUGGAGUGUUGAGGAUGGAUGGGAGCCAUUGUGCGAGUUUCUACAGAAAGAUGUGCCAUCGGAACCAUUCCCCAAAACCAAUGAUCCGGCCAAAUUCGCCGGUAAUGUCGAACGAGUGCUCAAGCCGCGGUACAUGAGGGCAUUCCGCAAUCUGGUGCUUACGGUCAGCUCGACGGCUGUCUUGACAACGGCGAUUGUGUUGGGAGUCAGAGAGGGAGGAGUGCCAUGGCAGGCAAUGGCCUCCAUUCGCGGUCGGUUGGGAUGGUUUGUCUGA